GCUCCUCCAGGUCUGGCAGCAGCUCUCGGGGUCAGGGCUCCUCUGGGGGCCCUACGGGAUCAGGGCGCCAGGGUGGUCCAGGUUUGCAGACAGACGGAGCUCCAGGACAAAGGACCCAGCUCCAACAACAAGCCCAGACAUCAGCGACAAGGCCAGGGCAGCCCAGCGCUGCAUCGACCAUGGGCCCUCAGCAGCAGCCCCCAGCCCAGGGACAAGGCAUGGGCAUGGGCAUGGGGCCGGGCCAGGCCAAGCCGGGACAGAUGGGACCAGCUGGUGGACCCAUGGGGCAGGCCAGGCAGACCGGACCCGCAGGAACCACGCCGGCAAACAUGGCCAAGAUCGACACGCCUCCAGUAACAGUGAUUGGAGCGAAGGCAGCGCCCGUCAUUGCCGCAAAAGCUGCCCUGCCCCCCCUCACAGGCAUAGGCUCCAAGGCAGCUCCUAGGCCAGGAGGCAUUGGCAGUGCAGCAGCAGGAGUGCCUGGUAUGGAGGGAGACGGCAUGUUGUCCAAGAUCCUCCCUGGAAACGCCGCUGAGCAGGCCGGCAAACUGGGGGAUGCUAUAAGCGGUUUGGGCAAGAAACUCACCUCUUUCUUCUGAGGUGCUUAUAUUAAGGACUAUGUAAAUGUGAAAUGACAGCUACGAGGCCCUGUACCAGACAAACCUGUGGAAUUUUCCCUGCUUUUAAUUUACUAAAAAAGAGAAAGAUGAUGAAGAGAGAAGGGAACAGAGAGGAGAGCCGAGCUUACUGCCAACAAGGACUGGAAUCCUCUGGAUGCUUCAUGUCUCAGGCCUGAGCACACACUGCCAGAGAGAACACGCCACUCUCUCUGGCAGUUCAGACAAUCAUGCCAACCCAACAUCCAUGCUUUACCCAGCGUUUCCCAGCCAAAUAAUUAGUCUCCAUCAAACUACCGCGGAGCCCUCCAAACCACCUGUAGCAGUUUCUCCGCCAUUCAUUGAAAAGAACUGGCAGCCAAAAGUCAAAAUGUGUUUAUGCGGCUAUUCCUCCAUGCCAGUAGAGGGAGCUAAACACCAGCGGAGAUCUACACAGUUGUUGGAAGACGAGUAAAACCAAUGGUAGCCAUGCACCACCUAAGUCCUCCGUUUGGAUCUGACCUGCAGUUGCAAUGGAAUAACAAGAUGGUCGCCAAUACGCUGACGACGCCACUGUUUAUACGAGAGCUCCUUCUUCCUGCUUACAAGAAACGGUUGCUUUACAACAGGCAUGGUGGCAUGCUAGGAUCCUUGGUUUCACAGUCCUGCGCUCAAACUAGGAACAAACCCACCUCUCUCCUCUUUUCUAUCUCUUCUCAAAGUAAAAAAAGAGCGGGGAAAAUGUGAAUAAAACUUGCUGCAGCUUUUUCUGGUACUACAGACCUCUUGUCACUUAAAGGAAAUGUCACGUUGAAUGAAAAAGACAAAGCUAACGACGUAGCCGACCCACAGUCCGUGUUUGUCGGUUCGCGUUUCUUUCCACGGUUUGUUUCUAUCUACAUUCCAGAUUGGAACUGUUUAGACCUUUUGCUCCCGCUCUUCCUCACUUCUCUGCGUUUUUCUUGAAUGCUGAUUCUUCUUCAUUUCCAAUCCCCGCCCAAUGAUCCAACUUGCCAUGUCUUUAAAGAAGUGUAUAGUGGAUAAAAAAAAAAAAAGGAAUUUGGAAUGCAUGGAACUUUAUAUCCAAGACCUUACACUGUUCAUCAUUACUUAACUGAGGCUAUAAGUACACUUGGAAACACUUAGCUAGACGACGUUAACGAUUAAGAGAUUUCCGGAGCAACACACAGGAAUUGGGCCACGGGAAUAAGAGGAGCCUUGUUUUAGUUUUUUUUAAGACAAAAAUAUGGAUUGGUUUUUGGAGUGAAACUGUAUGUCGUCGGGUUGUUUUUCAGCCAUUACAAAGCCAUUAAGACAACAUUCACCUGCAGUGCUUGUGGUGAUGGGGUUCCUCUAACUGCUCCACAACAUUUGGCUCUCAGAUGUUCCUCAUGUUGCUGUUGGUGGUCAUCAUAUCCUGUGUUUCAAUUACGUUCUUUAUUGCUGGUUUUUAUGUUGCAGGUAACCAAUAUUGCCUUAAUCAUUCUUAAAUAUUUUAUUUUGAAGCGACAUCUUUUUUAUUAAACCCUGUAAACACAUAUUUUCAUCACACCUCUUGUUUAUGUAGUUAAAUCUGCUGGAACACUGGCCACAGUGAGAUUAAUUUAUAUUUUUUAACUUUGUUUUUGAUAAUCGUUAGUGAUAUUAUUUAUUUAAUUUAUGUUUUGUACUGAAUUCAUCCUGUCAAUUUUACUGACUCUUAUUUAUUAUCAAUACCUAUAAAAGCAAUAGAGUAAGAGGUAAGGAAGUGAAGAGCACAAUCGUGUGUCAUUUAAAAAGUUGGUGGAGUAGAAACGUGUUGCUUCCGUCUGUCUUACACACCACUGAUGUAACGCUUAAACGUACCACCACCAACGUACUCUGACAAUGUUCUACUGUUGUACUCUUCAUAAGAGAGCAGGAGCUCACCUAUAAACACACGUUUGAUACCCCCCAGAUCUCUUCCAACGACCAACAGUGAGACAUCACGUCUUCACUCACAGGAAGUGUGAUGCGCUGCUUGUGUUGGCAAGCUGGAGUCGAUGUGAAGCACUGCAGGGCAGCAGAGAGGCACUGAAACGCAGACCAGACACACAUUGCGGCAGAACUGGACUUUUUCACCUGCGGGGGUUCAAUGUGAUUUCUCUGAAAAUCCAACAUGGACGUUCUUUAGGAGCACCGCCACGCUCCUUUUACACAUCGGUGUGUAUCAGCAUGUGUCUUCACUCACUGCACACGUGAAAGCACACGGUGUCAAAAGAACGAAAAAAAAAAAAAAAGCACUCACGUGACUGAGGAACCAAAUAUAACACACUUGGUUGUGUCACAGAGUCACUCGCCUUUUUUUAACUUUUCGUUUUCUAUCAUGGUGGCGUCCAAGACCAAACCCCCCAAAACUUCUCUCUCAGACUGUCAUGGAAAAACUUCUCAGGUCAGUGUUCUCCCUGCUGUCGCUCCUGCAGUGCAUUGUGGGAUCUUCGGUUUCGGUACUCAAAAAACUGUCGGGCCAAACAUUGCGAGGCCUUCAGCAAAACCAACAAAACCCAACCAACUUCUGCUGUAUAUUGUCUGUGUGAACGCUCGCUGGGAACCUUCGCAUGCCGCCCAGCGCAGAAAACCUCAAGGUCACCUCUAUAUUGUUCUGUUCCUAAUGUUUGUAUGUAUGUGUGUGGGGGUCUGUAUGCGUGUAUUUAAAGGCCAUCAUCCAAUGUGGAAAAAAGAAAAGAAAAAACACGAGUUCAACCACGACAAAUAUGGUGGGCAGAAGAGGCGACCUCUCAUCUCCAGUCCUUCUAUGCAAUGAAUCAUAUUUGGUCAAAACACGAGGAAGAAAAGCAAAGUGAAAAUACACACCAAUGGGAAAAGUCAUUGUUUAUCACACUUGAGUUAUUCUAAUAAUAUCCAUUUGGUUUGGCAUUCCUCAUAAAUCUAAAUAAGGAGGUUCUGUGAAAGUGUGUAUAAUAUAUCUCACCGGUAGGUUAGGAAAUUAUAAGAAGGGUCUUUUCUUUACUCGUGGUAAUCCUCUCCUCCCUAACUGGGGUCUCUUUGUGAAGAUGUGUUCAUGGUAGCUGGGAAAUGGCAAUGAUAGGCAAGAAAGGAGUGUUGCUGUUAAGAUGAUUUGAGGUCUAGCAGUUCUUUAUUUGCAAUACAAAUACAAUUCAAAAAAUUCAAACAACAAAUAGGUCAACGUCAUUUUCAAGGAGAAUUUGAAAUAAUAAUAAACCUAAAGUUAAUAAUAAAAAGUCCACAUAGGAUGCUUAACAAUAAAAAAGAGUCUGUUUGCUGUUCUAAACACCAAUAUUAAAGAAGAAAGAAAAAAAUAUAAUAAGAAUACAUUUUGAAUGGGCAUUUACCAUAAGAUAUGAAAAAUCCCAGGUUUUAUGAACGUCGCAAACAAGGCCAAUUUGCUUUUUUGGCGCAGGGUACACAGAAAAGUUGUCCAGAGAUUUAUAAAUACAAAAAGGAAAGACUUAUAUAAAUAUAGAAUAUAAAUAUAUAAAUAAGGAUCUCAAUACAUUCCCUAAUAUAGGUUGUAACUGCUCAGGGGUGAAGAAGAAGAAAUGCUCCUCUUUUUCUUAUUUUUAUUUAUUAAGCAGGACCCAACAUGUCAUGUUAUUGUCUACAUGUGUGCACUCGCUGUUUGCAGAGAAAUAACUAUUUAAAGAAUAUUUAAGAUACUCAAAAGCCGUACAAAUACAAAUGUAUACACAUGAUAGAUAAGAUGACACUAUAUUAUAUUAGACACAAAAUACUGAACUUUUCAAGGCAUUCCUGAAUUGAAUGAACUGAUGAGAGUGUUGGUGUUUGAAGAUGAACUGCCACAACACACUUAGGAUUUAUAAGCUAAAUACACUGGAACGGAAAUUACUGAAAAGAUAACAGAUUUAAGAAGAAGUGGUUUAUGAAGUAUAACACAUUGUUUAUCUCCCAACUCCUACACUUUCUUUUAAGUCACUGUGUAAAACAAACCAGUAUAUAUUUUUUUUGUGAGACAUUUAUGAGAGGAUUUAUCUAUGUCAGAAUGUAUUUUAUCAUACUGAGAGGGGAUAGAAAGCUGAUGAAAGACAGGAGCGAUGAAGAAGAGUCGAAGAAUAAUACAUGGUAUUUAUAUUGCACUUUUCCUGGUGCUCAAUGAUGCUUGGGUCGUUAAGACGUUUAGGUAUUGAAAUAUAUAGACACAACAAUUUUAUUUUAUAACAAUAUAUGAGAUUAGAGGCUAUUGAAAAACGCUAGAAUGCUAGGUCAUCAUUCAGAUACAAAGCUGCCGUACACUGCAACAAGAUCAGUGACUUCUCCCUGGAAGCUUUAAAGGAGUAUCAAACUAGAGCAAAUCAUGAGAGAGAAAGUUUCAAGUUAUCCCGAUUAUUACCAACCUUCUCUCUUUUAUGUCGUAUGUUUUUGGAGGUUUGUAAAAAGUUAAAUAAAAAUGUUCUUCAAUCACUUUUGCCUCAGGAAAGCACUAACAAAAUGCAGCAUCCUAACUGAGAUAUAGAGAAAUAUAGCGUUGUUUAUGCAGGUGCAAUAAAUUGGACAAUUUACGACACAAAUGGACCUUCUUAAGGCUGGGGUCUGUGUCAAAUGUGUGCAAAAUGUCACUUUUGUUGCUCCUGUGUGAAGAAAGCCACCGAAGGUGACGUCAAUAUGCAUAGCAGCAAGGGCUUUAUACUACAAUACUGGUUACUGAAGAAAGCCAUCCUGUUACUGCCCUCUAGUCGUGGUCUCUGUCUAUACUCUGCAUGGGGUCUGUUUAUAUCCUGGAGCGCAAGAUCAGACCACAGCAAAGCAAAAAUCACUGGGCCACAGCCGGCUUUUUCAGAUGUGUUGGAAGCACAAAUGUAGUCCAUAAUAGAAGAUAGAACCAGAAUUGAAUUGAGAUCUGGUCAGGAAUAGCUUCUUUGAGGAAUAUAGUUCAAACUGAUUCCAUGGGUCAUUUGGAUCAGAUCUAUGUUUAAAAAUGUAAAUCUAAGAAGUCUUUACUCAUUUUCUUAUCCAACAUCAAGACUCUCAGCAAUAAGGACAAACCGAUUGUGGUGCUGAAAUGACUUUUAGCACCACAAAGAGUUAAAACAGUCCACGGUAUUCAAAUGCAGCUUCGAGUGCUUUUGGGAAACCGGACUGUGUGUUCUCAACCAAAAAGGUAGCAAACAAUGCUUGUACAGUAUGUAGUGUAGGAAUGGAGAAAGAUUUAAAAACACAUCAAAAUAUAUAUAUAUAAAUCUAUAAAAGAGUAAAUGUUUCAUAGGUGAGAGGUGUGAUAAAGACAGAAAUAAACAGUCCAUCAUUCACAGAGCUGUUAUUCAUGUUCCACCUGUAAUGAAGCAUCAAAGUAAAGUGCAUGAACUGGACACCCCCCACCCCUCAACCUUUUUAACCCCCUGACCUUUGACCUUCACCUCUCGGGCUGCCAUCUUUUUCCAGUGUAAAUACCAGAAGAGAACUAAAUGUAAAUGCCAUGAAGGAUGUGUUCUAUGCGACACACUAACAUACUACAACACACACACACACACACACACACACACACACACACACACACACACACACACACACACACACACACACACACACACACACACACACACACAGGCAGGAGAGAAGCCUUUGCACACCACACAGCGACACAAGCUGGAGCGUAUGCAAGCCACCCUGCCCAAACUGUGUGUGUAUAAAAACCACACACACUACAUGAAACACAAGAGUUUUAGAUUUGACAAGAAUCGCAUUGUGUACGUUAGUGGCUGGCUCUUGCGGACUCAUUAAACAAGUUGUAUUGGGAAAUGAAAAAAAAAAAUGAAAAAAUAUAUUGGUCUGUGUAGAGUUUCUAUACAUGUUGUGUUUGUAAAAUGAGAUGACAUCGAAAACAUUAAAAAAAUGGGGGGUAAAUAUCUGGCUUCCAUGUAAUUUUUCAGGGUGGACAGAUUUCUUUUUUGGGGGUGGAGAUGAAGAGGGUUAGAUGGUGAAAAAAUAACCCAACAAAAUGAAUGAAAAAAAAAGAGGGUGAAAAUAAACUACAGAAAAAAGGUUGAGAGCCUACAAAUGAUUACAAAGUGUUCCAUUCACUGUUGUAAGUGCAAUGAGCUAACUUCCUGUUCCCCAUUGUAAAACCUUGUGUAUGUUUCCGUGUAUUCCUCCUGUAAAUGGGUGUAGUAGACCUGGUGCAUCAUGCCAUGUAAUGUGAUGAAUGACAAAUUAUGACCUUACAAUAAAUUUCAAUCAGGAAAAUAAAUAAAAGGCAAAUACAUAAAAAGAAAA